GCAUCCCGGUUUGAAAGCUGUUGCGAGCAAUUCGGAUCCGUCUUUUUCCACGCGCAGACACUGAGCCCCGGAUUCCCAGAGUCUCCGGGUCGGCGCUCGCCGGGAUCCUGCAGCCAUGAGCGUGGGUUUCAUCGGCGCGGGCCAGCUGGCCUGUGCUCUGGCGCGGGGCUUCACGGCCGCGGGCGUCCUGUCGGCUCACAAGAUAAUAGCCAGCUCCCCGGAAAUGGACCUGCCCACGGUGUCUGCGCUCAGGAAGAUGGGUGUGAAUCUGACCCGAAGCAAUAAGGACACGGUGCGGCACAGUGACGUCCUGUUCCUGGCUGUGAAGCCCCACAUCAUCCCCUUCAUCCUGGAUGAGAUCGGGGCUGACGUGCAGGAGAGGCACAUCGUGGUCUCCUGUGCGGCUGGCGUCACCAUCAGUUCUGUGGAGAAGAAGCUGAUGGCUUUCCAGCCAGCCCCCAAAGUGAUCCGCUGCAUGACCAACACGCCUGUGGUGGUCCGAGAGGGGGCCACUGUGUACGCCACAGGCACCCAUGCUCUGGUGGAAGAUGGGAAGCUUCUGGAGCAGCUGAUGAGCAGUGUGGGCUUCUGCACAGAGGUGGAGGAAGACCUCAUUGAUGCUAUCACAGGGCUCAGCGGCAGCGGGCCCGCCUACGCGUUUAUGGCCCUGGAUGCGCUGGCAGACGGCGGGGUGAAGAUGGGCGUGCCGCGGCGCCUGGCAGUCCGACUGGGAGCUCAGGCGUUGCUGGGAGCAGCUAAGAUGCUGCUGGAUUCAGAGGACCACCCGGGCCAGCUCAAGGACAACGUCUGCUCCCCUGGGGGGGCCACCAUCCAUGCCCUGCACUUCCUGGAGAGUGGGGGCUUCCGCUCUCUGCUCAUCAAUGCAGUUGAGGCCUCCUGUAUUCGAACAAGAGAGCUGCAGUCCAUGGCUGACCAAGAAAAGGUGUCCCCUGCCGCCCUUAAGAAGACCCUCCUGGACAGAGUGAAGCUGGAGUCACCCACGGUGUCCACGCUGGCCCCACCCAGCUCAGGGAAACUCCUUACAAGAAACCCUGCCCAGGGAAGCAAGAGGGAGUGAGGAGGAGUCUGUGGGGUGUCCCUGUCCCCUGUAGUACAGGGAGGGCAGGCUCAGGUCUGGGGGUGAAAGCUGCUUACUCUGUUCACCUGGUGCCACCAAGUCCUUCUCUUGUCCUGUGGCAGAAGGCACUCUGAAGAGGCAGCUGAUGCCAGAAGCCAGAGAGCCCAGCGUGCCUCUCCAAGAGAGGUGGAGGCCCUGGAGUCUGCAUCCCCCUCAGCAGAAGUCUGUGGAGAACUUUAGUUAGAUCCAAGGGUGGUUCAGUUUGACCUCCAGGUGAGGUGAGUGGAAACAGGAAUCCUCUGAAUUAAAAACGUGCAAAAGAAGCAUGUGGCUGGGUGUUGCAGGUGGAUGUGUGGGGAAUCCCAAGACCUUUUCGCUUAACUCUUCUGUACAGGUGUCACCUAGAAGGUGAUGUUCUGGGCUAGUUUUAGCUGCUUUAAUAAAGAGCUUAUUUAUUUUUGA